UGUUACGUGUUUGUCGUCUCGUUUAUAAAUGCAGUGCAAUCCAACCUUUGGUCGUUCAUGGCCCAGCGCAUUCAACUCGAUACGAUAAAGUUCCAUUACGAUAUGAAAUUAUGUCAAGUAAAUAAGUAAUAGAUGUAAAAAUCUUGAGCCAAGGUUGUGGUGACGUCUACCUCUAAGUUCACAAUGCUUACAUACAAUCCGAAUGUACCUUUCGUCGAGUCGUUGAAACUAGUUCCGGGCGUUCAAAUCCGAGUAGAUGGACGUCCAAACUCUGACGCCAGAGCCUUUGCGAUUAACCUGCAACAGGGUCCUGGUUUAAAUCCUCGUUCACCAAUUAUACUGCAUUUAGCUGCUUUAUUCGAAGGAUUCACUGGAGAAACCGGACGUGUGGUACGAAAUCACCUAGUUGGAGAACACUGGGGUGUAGAGGAGAAUCACGGACCUUCAAUGCCCUUUGCUAGAAACAAGCCUUUCAGCGUACUUUUGCUGGUCCAGGACGCCCAUUACAAGAUCGCUGUAGAUGGGAUACACUUCUGUGAUUUUUUCCACCGACUUCCGUAUCUCACCUGUACACAUCUCGUGAUAGAUGGAGAUGUUACCCUUAACCUAGUCGAGGUGACCCAAACAUCGGCCAUUGAUACUGACCUCCCGACGGCGCCACCUGAGCCGGGCUUCGUUUCCUCGGGCAGCUUUUAUCCCAACUGUCUGUACAACUACGGCGAUAAUAACAACUAUGGACCUAGUUCUGUAGCGCCCCCUUAUACGUUACAAUCUGUGCCGUAUCCAGGCGCAUGCGCCUCAAAUCCAAGCUAUCCACGGCCGGCUCACGGUAACGUCACGCCAUACCCGCCAGCUGUUCAGCCAAGUUAUCCUGCACUGGGGGGCUACCCAGCGCCCGCCGGUUUCCCUGUGCCCCCACCAACAGCAGAGUACACACCCCAACCUAGUUAUCCUUCUGGUACGGGGUGUUUACCACCAGGACCAUACCCAGGAUAUCCUACACAACCUGGCCAACCAUCUCCUGUCAAUAGCAGUGGUGGCGCAGCUUUGGGCGGGUUAGGGACCGCCUUCAGCAGCAGUGGCAUCGGGGCUGCCGUUGGUGCUGCCGCAUCGAAAAUUUUCGGCAAGAAACAUCUGCAAAACACUUCCGGAGCACAUUCUGGACAUUCGUCAAGCGGUUCAGCCUUAGGUACCGUUUUGGGCGUGGGAGCUGGUGCCUUAGCAGCUGGUGCUAUACUUAAACAUGCUAAUCCGUUGAAGAAAAUGAUGAAAGCCUUCGACUACUCGAGCUCCUCCGACAGCGACUGAGCACAGUGACGCCACGUGCAGCGUUUAUUUUCAUAAUUUAGUGACGCCAUAGGCAAAUGUGGUAUAGACUGCACAGGCAUGGACCGCUGGAGAAAGGCAGGUUAUUUACUGAGGUCUAUCGCGUGCAACAAAACACAAUUUCGAACGAUAGAAUUGACCACGUACUUUACUUCUACUAUGUUCCCUAAACACAUUGGGCAUCUUUUGAUAAAUGGAUGCCAUUGCGACUGAUAACGAAUGCGUCUUGUGCUGUUAGCUCGCAAUAUAAGCUAUUGAAGAGAUAGGCCAUGUUCGAUAGUACAGCUAUAAUGAAUUUAAUGUACGCCAUUUACAUAAAUGUUCAUAUUUCUAUAGAUGGUAUAAAUUUUCCAGAUGAUCUAGCCGACGCAAUAGCUAUCUAGUUGUAAGAAAUUUUCAGCGUCAAACACCGAGAUGUCAAGUAGUGUGUUCUAUGAAGACGAAGCGAUGAUAAUUUGUUUUUAGGUACUAUACUUGAUUCAACUUAUAAAUUGGUUAGUUAAGUUAAUCUCAUAAGGUAAAUAUCGUAGCGCUGCAUGUCAACCGGGCAAGCUUUAAAUAUACUGAGUGCAUACACAAACGCGAUCGCUACGUAUAAAAAUCCAAAAGUUCAAUAAAGACUUCGACAACGGGUUUUCUAUUUUCUCAGAUACGCAUUGUCAUAGAAACCAGAUGUCACCGCGCCGUGUUGUCUAUAUCGUAUCAUCUAUGCGUAGACAUUGUUUGUCAUAAAUAACGUCUAGAAUUUGGCAGGACCCUUUUCGCUCCGUAUUUUUUCCGUAUCUUUCGAACGGUAGCGAAACAGAACCUUUCAAAACUUCUUGAAUAUAUCUUCUACAUAUAUAUAUAUAUAUAUGAUAAUCACUUAGAUGUUCCGGUUCUAACGAUAGCUCUACUGCCUUAUUCGUGAAUGGUUGAUCCAACAGCUUUAUGUUUGUUAUCGAAGUCACUAUGAAGUGAUCAUCCAUGUACACAUUGUCGUAUUGCGCAUAAUUGAUGCCAUACAAAAAGUGCGAUUUUUCCCCCACUCGUCAGUUAGCGAAGCUUAAAAAAAAUGUAGCACAGACACGGUUUCCUGGCUCACCAACGGUCUUCAUCUUCAUCGUCGCAGCUGUAGCAGUAGCAGCGAUUAAACUCGUAGCUUCAUAACGAUACUAAGCGCACCACGGUACCGGGAACUGUCGCUAGAAUAUCUUUAUUUAUCAGUUUGACAUUCUACUGGAAAUUGACUGGAAGAUGCGAGCGAUAGGCAUCUCUAAUUGUCAGCUGCUAUCUGUAAUGUCCUAUUCUAUCGGGACGAACAGCGUAACAUACGGAGCCGCUCUAAACGCGUAUGCUAUUUCUACUUCAUACACGAUUGCGAUUAUUUUCAACAUUACGCUAUGUUAAAAAUGAAGCAAGUAUGUCUCUAUGGAAAACAGACGUAAGUCUAUACGAUUUAUUCGAACAACUUCAUUCGAAGUUCUUCAUUCUGUCAGUCUUGGCUUCAUGGUAGCCUUGAAGCAUUUAAGACCCUAGUGAAUAUUUGCACGCAAAAAGCAUCUGUUGGUAUUCCGAUAGUGCACAAGAUACUUGAGAGGUUUUUGUUCAAUUUAAAGAGCUUCCUUUAGGAUCGGGAGGACGACUGUUUUAAUGGAUCUUCAUCCGAAACAUAUUGCUCUCUGAGUUCGCUGCUAGCGUCGAACGACAGAUGGCGAACGAUCGCUUAACCCACGGCUUCGUAAAGCUCAUAGCAGAUCACCGUUUAAUCGGCGGAUUAGUCGAGUCGAUCAUUAACUACUGGUCGAAGCCCAAAUAAAUUGCCGUGUGAGGAUUUUAGAGGUCAAAAAAAUGGGCUUCGCAUUGUCGACAAACGAGUUGUUGUUCAACAGUUACGAUGGUUAUCAUCUAUCCAUAAUCCUAUGCGUAUAUAUUCGACAAAUAAGGAAAUGAUAACAAAACGAGUCAAGAGGUCCAAACGAAUAUUCCUACGACCUGUGAGGUUUACUUCUAUACGCUUCUAUAUACUAUAUAUAUACGCUAUAUACUUCUAUCUACUCUAUACUGUGAGGGAAGUGUACUUCUAUACGACUACUCAAAAUCGGGCCGAUGAUCACCAUCCGUCAUGUGUCAAGUCAUUGUAAAUAAUGGAAGCGACCAAGUUAAAACGCUGUACGAUUAUUUUGGAAGGUCUGCCGAGUCCUGACAACGAACGAAUUAAGUAAGGCAAUUGAAAAGCUCGAUUCUGUCAUCAUUUCAGAAUUUUAACUUCUGCAAGUUGUAUCACUAACACAAAUUACACUGGACAUAAAGGGAGUGAGAGCAAUUGCGUAUGAUUUGUCUUUUAUCAUAGAACCGUAGAAACUGCAAAUGGCACAGCGAUAUUUGCUAAGGCUGGUAAUAAUCAACGUACAGUUAAGAGCGUUAGGUGCCAAGAAGUACCGUUUUCCAAUUUACAUGCAAUUUCAUAUUUGGUUUGUCCGAACCGUUAUGUCAGGCUAUGGAUAAAAAACAUCCCGCACCCACAUAAUGGACGAUCUUUUUCAUUUUUUAUUUUCGCAUAGUAAAAUUGCUUUAUUGCAUUUAUAUGUCUGUAUCCGUUUACUUAAUAGUCGUAUCGUAUUCUUUCCCCGCCUUAUCGCGCUGUUCUGUAUUGUGUGUAUGUUUCUCAAACUAAGAAACGCAAUUUAGUGCUUAAGGCAAGAAAGCAUACAAACAGGCGAAAAAGAGCCAGUGGAAGGAGUUAUUAAUAGCUAAUGCAAUAGAUACGUUGACAGAUACCUAAGAGUAACGUAUUAGGUGGGAUUAGAGGACAAGAAAUCGUCGACCAGGAUCGCACGCGCACGCAGAUAUUGCACCCGCACAAACCUGGUCGCCUUUACCAGCUUCAAUGAUUUUGGCGGGUAGUACCGCAAUAAUCACUAUCGCCUCCUAUUAAAAAAAGCCAAAUAACUAUUAACAUCAUUAUAGCGAAACGAAGGUACGCCUCCCCCAUUCAACGUCCCUCGUUUAUAGAUGAAACAAUUCUUUGACUUAACAAGAAUAGAGAUUUAUUUUUAUUUUUGUCGUCAAUAAGGGAAAAGAGAUCCAAAAUUAGCGUUCCUACCCUUAUUCAACAUCUAGAGAAACAACACGAUUACAAGAACAGGCAGGGUCUGCGCGCGUGACACAAUAGGUAGACCGCAGGGUCGUUAAGCACGCAAGAUUCAAUUUAGCAACUGACGGCCAUCAUCUAAUUUCCACCUGAAUGUUGUCGAUAUAACGGGAACAGUUUUACGGCGACACCUGCCUUAUAUUGUACGACACUUCAAUGCGUGUCGUGUACCGUAUGCACUUUGACAGCGACACAUCAGUCAAACUCAGAAAAUAAAAA